UCAUACUAACAACUCUUUUUUACUGUACAUUCAAGGUCUUUAAAGUUAAACUUUAAUAUUUUUGAGGGUUUCAUAAACUACAGCAGGCCAACCCUAUAAAUAAGAUGGACUUUGAGCAACUAAAGAGUCUGUGGGUAGCUUGGAAAUAGGUGUCAUUUUCGCUGUAAGAGAUGGACGAGGCAGGACGCACUGUAGCCUAUGCGUCAGUAAACACCAUGGACGGCCACUGUCUGAACUGGGACCAAGCUGCAGUUGAAGGUUUUAGGUGGAAACUGAAAUACUUUUUCAUGAACCCUUGUGAGAAAUACAGAGUCCGAGGACGAAAACCUUGGAAACUCGCACUGCAGAUUCUUAAAAUCGCCAUCACUACAAUUCAGUUGGUCUCAUUUGGACUCAGUAAUGAGAUGGUGGUCACCUUCAAAGAGGAGAAUUUGGUGUCGUUCAAGCAUAUUUUCCUUAAAGGAUAUUCUGACCGAAUCACUGACACUCACACAGUGUAUUCAAAGGACGAUGUCUACGACCACAUCUUAUUCAUAGCAGAUCAGUACAUGAACUUGCCUAACAUCACAGUUGGAAACCACGCUUAUGAUAAAAAUGAAGGAAUCUAUGCACCACUCUCCGUUUGUCAGGAUUUUUAUAGAAAUGCUAGCAUUUCUUCUGAAAAUGAAACGUUUGACAUCGAUACGAAAAUUGAAACAGAAUGUGCUAAAGUUUAUCCUGGACAGCCUCCAGCAGAAGACAGACUGGAAGAAUUCCUGAAGAAUCUAACUUUGAAUUUUAAAAGGCUUCUGUCUGUCAAUAUUAACUUUACUCUUAAGGCCAUAAAUCUUCGGACCGUCGAGCAUCACGAGCUUCCUGACUGCUAUAACUUUAUUGUCAUGAUUACUUUCGACAACAGAGCUCACAGCGGACAAAUAAAACUUAAUCUUAAGAAUGAUGUUGAUAUGUAUCAGUGCAGAGACUGGAAUGUAAUAGGAAUGUCAGGGAGAAACAUCCAAUACACAUUAUUCUUUGACUGCAUAACAACUGUAGUCUGUUUGGCCUCCCUGAUUCUGUGUAGCCGUUCAAUUAUCAGUGGCAUUCAGCUGCAGUUUGAGUGCAUGCAUUUUUUCUGGACUUUUCUUGGAAAGAAUGUGCCCUGGUCCGAUCGGAUGGAGUUUGUAAAUGGAUGGUAUAUACUGAUCACUGUCAGUGAUACUCUAACCAUUGUUGGGACUAUUCUGAAAAUAGCAAUUCAGACCAAGAAUUUAACAAGCUAUGAUGUCUGUAGUUUUCUGCUGGGGACUGCUACACUGUUUACCUGGGUUGGAGUCAUUCGUUACUUAGGCUACUUUAGGAAAUAUAACAUUCUUAUCCUAACGCUGAGAGCGGCUUUUCCAAACGUGGUCCGUUUUUGCUGCUGUGCCUCCAUGAUCUACCUUGGUUACUGCUUCUGUGGUUGGAUCGUGUUGGGACCUUAUCAUGAGAAAUUCCGGACCAUCAACACCGUGUCAGAGUGCCUGUUCUCCCUCAUCAAUGGAGACGACAUGUUCACGACGUUCAAGAACAUGCAACAGAGGAGCUCCCUUGUGUGGCUAUUCAGCCGGCUAUACCUCUACUCCUUUGUGUCCAUCUUCAUCUACACAGUGCUCAGCCUGUUCAUCACUGUCAUCACUGACACAUAUGAGACUAUCAAGAAACGCCAGCAAAGUGGUGUCCCUGAAUCAGAAUUGCAUGCCUUCUUGGCAGAUUGUAAAGACCUGCCUGAUUCAGGAAUGUUCAAGCAAGAGAAUGUACCAUCUCCAUGCCUUUCCUGUUGUCCUCGGUAA